CUCCUAUCAACAAACUUCACUCUCUUUGACUCUAGCUAAUCUCUCCAGCUGCACUUGUAACAGCUCCUUUCUACCAUCUUUACCACAAGAUUUUUCGAGCACCGGUGUCAUCUCGACCAAAGACGAAAACAACAAUGUCCAGCUUCAUGAAGGUCUUUCUGCUCCUGGCUGUCAUGGUCUGCAUGUCUAAAGCCCAAGGUCCUGGUCAAUCAGACCAGUGUCUGUGUCAACGUGUCAGGAAUGGAAUUGGCUCAAAGACUGACAUAAAGGACAUCCAGAUCUACCCAGCAACCAUCUUCUGUGGCAAAGUGGAGAUUGUUGUCACCGUCAACAGCGGCCUUCGCUACUGCCUGAACCCCAAGCUGAGGGCAGUGCAAAAAGUCAUGGCUUCCAUCAUGAAACAAAAAACCUCCACUACAGCCAGACCAACUGAGACCACUUCCACCUCAGGCACCACCAACACAGCUCGCAUCUGACUCUUUAGCCUAUUGGAUCAAUAAGAAGCUGAUGACGACCUCAGAUUAAGGCACCUUCGAUCGAAGGCAUCUUCUAUUAAUGUAGAUGUGAAAUGAAUCAAAUGUUUUGUCUAUUUAUCUUCUAUUUAUGCUGAUGUGCACUUACAGUAUAUUUCCGUUCUAUUUUAUUUCCUUUAAUCUGUUUUUGUAAAUAUGUACAUAUUGUAGACCAAGGUGUCUGCGUUUUGGUCAUUUCUUUGUUUUUUUAAAAUAAUAAUUAAAAAAUCAAGAGAG